CUCUCUCUCUCUUAUCCUUUUUUGUUAUCUGUUCAAAAAUGGCUUCUCUCUUCCUCUUCUCUUUCUCUCCCACAAUUCACUCUGAUUUUCCCUCUUCUUCCGAUUUCUAUCCGUCCACUCAAUUCUCGUACACUUCUUCGACCUCAGCCUGUAAGUUUCAUGGAGUUGGGAUUGGUAGUCGGAGGAGGAGGAGGAGGAGCGUGCGUCGGUUUUUGGUCCGGUCGACUCACUCCAAUGCUAGGAUUCUCAAGCCCAAACGGAGGUCGAGGUUCGGUCAGAAUUUGUCGCCGUUUGACAGCGAUGAUGAUGGAGAGGAUGUGGAUGACCUUAGCAGUGAUGAGGAUGAUGAUGAUGAAGAUACUUGGUUGUAUAAUGGUAAUGUCUCGGAUGUUGAAUAUGAUACUAAAAGAAAGAGAGCCAAGUUGCAAAACAGAACCAGAAAUAGCAACUCACAGAGAGAUAACUUGAGACAUCCCAGAGAAAGUAGGGGUAUAAGAUCAUCCAACCGCUUUGAUUUACAAGAUAUCACAAAUGAUACUGAAAACCAAGACGACACGAUUGAGGAGGAAGCUGGUUCUACCAACGUAGACAAGCAAGGAAAGUUGAUGACCAAGAAAGCUAUGGAAAAUAGAUUUCCUCGUCUGGCAGAAGAAAUAGAAUUGGACAAGAAAUGGUAUCCUCUACUUGAUUAUCUUACAACAUUUGGGCUCAAAGAAUCACAUUUUCUUCAAAUGUAUGAGAGACGUAUGCCUUCUCUUCAAAUAAAUGUUAAUUCUGCUCAAGAAAGACUAGAAUACUUGUUGAGUGUCGGUGUCAAACAGAGGGAUGUUCGAAGAAUACUCAUGAGGCAGCCCCAAAUUCUGGAGUACACGGUAGAGAACAAUUUGAAAUCUCAUGUUGCUUUCUUACUUAGUUUGGGAAUCCCAAAUUCCAGAGUGGGGCAGAUCAUUGCUGCUGCUCCAUCUCUAUUUUCUUAUAGUGUUGAGAAUUCGUUAAAACCCACCGUCCGAUACUUGGUCGAGGAAGUCGGCAUUAAGGAAAAGGAUUUGGGUAAAGUUGUGCAACUGAGUCCUCAAAUCCUGGUUCAACGGAUUGAUGUAUCAUGGAACACCAGAUAUAUGUUUCUUUCAAAGGAAAUUGGAGCCCCUCGUGAUAAUGUAGUGAAGAUGGUAACUAAACAUCCUCAACUCCUCCACUAUAGCAUCGAUGACGGAUUGCUGCCCCGGAUCAAUUUCCUGAGAAGCAUUGGAAUGCGAAAUUCUGAGAUCUUGAAAGUCAUAACUAGCCUUACACAGGUUUUUUCUCUAUCUUUGGAGGAUAAUUUGAAGCCCAAAUACAUGUAUCUGAUCAAUGAACUCCGCAACGAAGUGAAAUCAUUGACCAAAUAUCCCAUGUAUCUAAGCUUGUCCUUGGAUCAAAGAAUCCGACCUCGACACCGGUUCCUAGUUUCUCUCAAGAAAGCACCCAAAGGACCAUUCCCUUUAAGUUCCUUCGUUCCAACUGAUGAAUGUUUUUGUCAGCAGUGGGCCGAAACCAGCCUAGAUAAGUAUCUAGAAUUUCGGAAGAGAUUGCUAUUGAAAGAAUUUGCGCAGAAAUACGAAAGGAGACGAUAACCUGAAGCGAAACGUCUGAUUUUUGCCUCGGAGUUCUUCCAUCUAAACUGAGAGGGAUGACACAAGUUCUCUAAUCCUUUAUAUCUAUGCAGUUCCCUUUCGACAGGUCAUGUCGCCGACUUCAUGAAUGUUCUGGUUACAUGCUGCCGUAAUCAGCUUAUGAACUACUCCAAUGGCUGCAAUUCUUUGGUAAGAUUAGAGGUGGAGUUUACCUGCCAUGUCUACUGCACUUGAGCUCAUUCAAAAGGGGCUGGUGAGCUUGCCACACGCAUACACAACACUGUAAGUUCUCGUUCCACUUAUAACAGAAAUUCCUUGUAAAAUCUUUUCAAUGAUGGGGGGAGAGGCGCAUUCUACAAUGUGUAUACAAAUUCCAUGUGAUUUUGGUCUUUAUAUGUCCUGAAAGUUGUGAUCGACACAAAUUUUGGUCUUUAAGUUGUUGUAAUUGACACAAAUUUUGGCCUUUAAGUAAUUGAUGUGUGUAUGUCCUCUUUGUUUGAUUACUUCUCA